UGAAAAUUUAUGCCACAACAACAAUUUAGCACAAGCUGAGUGGAAGUGGGAAGUGGGAACAGAAUAAAAAUGCACGAGAUAACUGUUAUUUUUCUGCUAAAGUGGUGGCUUUGCAUAGCAAAUUGACCCAAGUAACAUAAAGUUUGUGUGUUCAUCUGCAUAGGAAAUUCCAAGCAAGAUGUUCCCAACUGCUGGUUACUUUAGAAAUGUUCCUUGCCCUUUCUACGUCCAUGGCUUAUGCCACAGACCUUACUGCCAUUUUCGGCAUUCAAAACCAGAUACAAAAGGAAAGAGAGGGAACAGUAGUGACUGGACUUAUGGAGAAUUGGUUGAAGAGGAAAGUCACGAAAGUAAAUCUAGCACAGCAGAAGAAGAGUUAAUGGACAUCAUAAAAAACCUGUCACCUGGAUCUAAACAAGCAAAUGCUUCCUCUAAAAAGUCAGUGACAUUUGCUUUCCCUAGUCAUGGCCAACAAACUGUAAAGGAAGAAGGCAAGAAAGAAACAACUGAAGUAACAAAGAAAAAGAAGGAAAGGAGUGCACUUAAAAAGGAACUUGAUAAGGACCCAAUACCUGCACCGAUAAUUAAGGAAAUUUCAGAUUUGUUAAAGAUCACAAGCUCAAAUGAUCAAUCCUCAAAGAUUGCAGAAGAGCUAAGGAAGAGAAAAAAAUGCAAAAAGGACACUGAAGAAGCAACAGUAGAAGUUACGGAAACCCGAGAAGAAGAGGAAAAAGGAAAUAUUACUGAUGCUGACAAUAUAUUCGAUAUCAUCGAGGAAGAUAUACCUAAAAAGCCCCCCAAAUUAAAGGACAUAGAUUUCUUUGAAGCUGAAGUUGUGACCGGAGAAACAAAAAAAAGAAAGAUAAGUGGCAGUAAAGGAAAACAAAACUUAGUUUCCGACCAGCAAGAUUCUUCUGUGGAAUCUUCAAGUGAAUCUGUGGACAACAGCGAAGACACUUUAAGACAAAUUUUUGAAGAGUGUGAUCCACUUGUAGCUCAUGACUUGGCUAAGGAAAACACAAUUUCAGUUAAGGCAACAAGCAAAGAAGCCAGCAGCACAUCGAUGGGUAAAGUUAGAGAAACUGUUGGGCUUGGAAGCCUAAAGAAAAGAAUCGCGCAUAAUCCAAAUGUGGAGGCUGUUCGCCAACCAGUUGUCAUGAAAGGGCUCAAGAAAAAUACCACCAUGAAACCAUCAUUUGUGUCACCUAGCAUAUGCAACACAUCGAAACUUCAAUCAACUGCGAAGAUGGCAUCAAACAGUGGUAUUGAGCCAGUAAGCAAACGCAUGUCUUUUACCAGCAAUGAUGGAACUUACAUUGGCAAGAAAAGAAAGGCCCAUACUCUAGAAAUAAACGAAGAGCCUAGUGUACUGAAGGCCACGGUUCCCGCGAAAAAGCCAAGAAUUCCUGUAGAGUUUGGCUCAAAAGUACCGCAGGUUAUAAGGCAGCGAUAUCUAGAUAAAAUUAUUGAAGAAUAUACUGAUAAAUACAGUUCAUUGGGGGAGGUCUAUGAAAAGGCCGUAGAAGAGGAGAAGCUAAUUUACACACGCUGCUCAAGUCGUCAAAUCUAUAUGAAUCUUUGCGUCAAUGCCAUCAAGAAGAUUCGUGAAUUACCAAAGUACAAAGUUAUCAAGAAUGGUAGCCACAGAAGUUUGGCGCCAAAGUUAUUGCCGGAUAACUCAUCCAAAAUGGCUGCUGAACUUGCGUCAUCGAUUGUCCCGCCAAAGCUUGUAAUAAGGCCAUCUUCAAUUUCACUGUCCAGAGUUGAUAAGAAGCAUAGCUCAUUAACGGGUGGUUCUGCGGACAGACAAAGGAAAACAUCAAUCUCCAGCAUUGCCGAUCUCACUGUGGAACUGCCUACCUGUUUGCCGGUAGAAAAAGAGGAUAAAUUUCAAAACACAGAAAAUGAAAACCGAUUUGGACUUGUUCUUAUAAAACGAAGAAACCCAGUUUAUUAUUUAUCCGAGGAUAUUUUUUACGACUGCGUGCAGAAAUACGUCGCUUCAGAUCAAGACCUUUGGAAUAACAAUUACCCCAGGGAAUCCACAGACACCCCUGGUCGGGCUCUGUACAGGGAGACCAAAGGAUCUUUGCACGCUACGAAACGAACUUGCGCACGGUGUGGAAACCCUUUUCUGUUGAACUCAGAAGGAGAAUACGUAGUCAAGGCUGAAUGUACUUAUCAUUGGGGCAAGAUGCGAAGAUUUAGAGGUAAAGGUGGAGUUCUUACCCAGUUUUCUUGUUGUCAAGGUGAUUCAGGUAGUCUUGGCUGCUCUGUGGCAAAGCUGCAUGUAGCCGACUACUUCGGAGACCUUGAUGGUUACGUGGCUACGAAGGCGCACAAUAAAACAAACACACGGAAAGUGUACGCACUUGAUUGUGAAAUGUGUUACACGUCACAUGGUCUAGAAUUAACAAGAAUAACAAUCGUUGACUUCAGUAUGAAACAAGUGUUAGACGCUUAUGUAAAGCCCGAAAGAGAAAUAAUUGAUUAUAAUACACGGUUUAGCGGUGUUACUGAAAAGGACCUUGAAGGUGUCGAAAUAUCCUUAAACGAUGUGCAUAGAAAACUGCUGAAGAAGUUCGGAACAGACACAGUCCUGAUAGGCCAUAGCUUAGAAAGCGAUCUCCGUGCUUUGAAGCUUAUACAUAAUAAGAUAGUUGAUACAGCUUUGAUAUUUCCGCAUCGCCUGGGACUUCCUUACAAACGAGCGCUAAAGACCUUGAUGGGUGAAUUUUUACAAAAGAUCAUACAAGACAGUGAUGGGGGCCAUGAUAGUUAUGAAGAUGCAGGAGCUUGUAUGGAACUAAUGAAGUGGAAGAUUAUGGAAGAUUUGAAGAAGCAAGCAAGAACAACUAGUGCCCAUGUUAGGUGACAUGAAAGCAAUAUGGAGCAUAGUUAUAAUGUCGCUGCUUACAGCAGCAGAGAUUUUAUCAAGAAGUUCAGCAAUUUUGGAAGAUUUGAAACAACGAGGGAGUGACAAAUGGUGACCACGAGAGAGGAAACAAAGAAGCAGUCAUUCGAGGGUUUAACAAAGCUGUUUAUGAUUUCUUCUACAGAUGGAGAAUUAUGCUGUUUAGAUGAAAAGCACUCCAGUUUGUCCGUUUUGUAUAUGGAGUUUUUUAUGUUUACUGUCACCAAAACACCCGUUUUCCUGUUACCAUAGUUUGAUUGGUGUGCUUUCUAAAAGUCCUGCAUUCAAUAGAAUUGGACGGUGAACUUGCAUCUCGAGAAUUGGAAAGCAGCGCGAGAAAUUCAUUGACAUGAUUGAAACGAAACACAUUGAGGGGAUUAGAUGACGAAAGUAGAUCAAGCUGAAUUUGUGAUGUCAAAACCGCGGUGAGUUGUGAACAGUUACAAUGUUUGAACUAUAAAAUGUAUAUUUAUUUAUUGUUUUUAUUGAAAUAUUGUUGAGGAAAUCAACAGCAAACGGUAUCUUUUGCUUCUGUUGUCGAAUUAUGCCUUGAAAUUUUUAAGAGUAGAGAUUUAUGUAUGUUCUAGAUUUUGUGCAAAAUUUUGUAGGAAGCAUUCUUUGUGUUUUUGUAUUUCAUACCACGUUGAAAGCAUGACGUUUACCACUCGUCAACUGCCUUUGCAU